CUUUGCUCUUUUCCGGGGAGGCUCGGAAAAGCACCUUGGUUGCGAUCGAGCCCCGAAGGGACGGGGGGAAACUUUGUCGCCCCAGGAUCGAGCGCAGCCUGCAGCCUCGGCAGCCAUGUCUCGGCCUCUGACCGACCAGGAGAAGCGGAAGCAGAUCAGCAUCCGUGGCAUUGUUGGCGUGGAAAACGUGGCGGAGCUGAAGAAGGGCUUCAACCGGCACCUGCACUUCACCUUGGUCAAGGACCGCAAUGUGGCCACCCCGCGCGACUACUACUUUGCCCUGGCCCACACCGUGCGCGAUCACCUGGUGGGCAGGUGGAUCCGCACCCAGCAGUACUACUAUGAGAAGGACCCCAAGAGAGUUUACUACCUUUCCUUGGAGUUCUACAUGGGCCGGGCUCUGCAGAACACCAUGAUCAACCUGGGAUUGCAGAAUGCCUGUGAUGAGGCAAUUUAUCAGCUUGGCCUGGACAUAGAAGAGCUGGAGGAGAUUGAGGAGGAUGCUGGCCUGGGCAACGGAGGUCUCGGCAGGCUCGCAGCCUGCUUCCUGGAUUCAAUGGCCACGCUCGGCCUCGCCGCCUACGGUUACGGGAUCCGCUACGAGUACGGCAUCUUCAACCAGAAGAUCCGAGAUGGAUGGCAGGUGGAGGAAGCCGACGAUUGGCUAAGGCACGGGAACCCCUGGGAGAAAGCCCGGCCGGAGUACAUGCUUCCCAUUCACUUCUAUGGGAGAGUGGAGAACACCCAGACUGGCGUGAGAUGGGUCGAUACUCAGGUAGUUCUGGCUCUGCCCUACGACACGCCUAUUCCCGGCUACAUGAACAACACGGUCAACACAAUGAGGCUCUGGUCUGCCCGGGCCCCCAAUGACUUCAAUCUCCGUGACUUUAAUGUCGGCGAUUACAUCCAAGCGGUGCUGGACAGGAACCUGGCGGAGAACAUCUCCCGCGUCCUCUACCCAAAUGAUAAUUUUUUCGAGGGCAAGGAGUUGCGCCUGAAGCAAGAAUACUUCGUGGUGGCCGCCACCCUGCAAGACAUCAUCCGCCGGUUCAAAGCCUCUAAGUUCGGCAGCACCGAAAGUGUCCGGACAGCUUUUGAUUCUUUCCCAGACCAGGUUGCAAUCCAGCUGAAUGACACCCACCCCGCGAUGGCUAUUCCCGAACUGAUGAGGGUGUUCUUGGAUAUCGAAAAGCUGCCGUGGGCCAAGGCCUGGGACAUCACCACUCGGACCUUCGCCUACACGAACCACACGGUUCUCCCUGAAGCUCUUGAGCGCUGGCCAGUGGAGCUGGUGGAGAAGCUGUUGCCAAGGCACCUUCAGAUCAUCUACGAAAUCAACCAGCGGCACCUGGAUAGAGUCUCGGCGCUGUUUCCGAAGGAUCUCGACCGCCUCCGGCGCAUGUCCCUGAUCGAAGAGGAAGGGGUCAAGCGCAUCAACAUGGCGCACCUUUGCAUCGUCGGCUCGCACGCCGUGAACGGGGUUGCCAAGAUCCACUCGGAUAUCGUCAAAUCUCAAGUGUUCAAGGACUUUGCAGAGUUGGAGCCGGAGAAGUUCCAGAAUAAAACCAACGGCAUCACUCCCCGGCGCUGGCUCCUGCUUUGCAACCCGGGACUUGCCGAGUUAAUUGCAGAGAAAAUCGGGGAGGAGUACGUGAAAGACCUGAGCCAGCUGACCAAGCUGCACCGGUUUGUGAACGACGAGAUUUUCAUCCGGGAAGUGGCCAAAGUGAAGCAGGAAAACAAAGUCAAGUUUGCCCAGUUCCUGGAGAAAGAAUACAAGGUGAAGAUCAAUCCGUCUUCCAUGUUCGACGUGCAGGUCAAGAGAAUCCAUGAGUACAAGCGGCAGCUCAUGAACUGCCUACACAUCGUCACCAUGUACAACCGCAUCAAGCGAGACCCCAUGAAGCUGUUUGUCCCCAGGACAGUGAUAAUUGGAGGCAAGGCUGCUCCUGGCUAUCACAUGGCUAAAAUGAUCAUCAAGCUGAUCACCUCCGUGGGCCACGUGGUGAAUAACGACCCCGUGGUCGGGAACAAGCUGAAGGUCAUCUUCCUGGAGAACUACAGGGUCUCCCUGGCCGAAAAGGUGAUCCCAGCCACGGAUCUGUCGGAGCAGAUUUCCACGGCAGGCACCGAAGCCUCAGGCACCGGCAACAUGAAAUUCAUGCUCAACGGGGCGCUGACCAUUGGGACGAUGGACGGGGCCAAUGUGGAGAUGGCGGAGGAGGCCGGAGAAGAGAACCUCUUCAUCUUCGGCAUGCGGGUGGAGGAUGUGGCGGAGCUGGACCGGAGAGGGUACCUUGCUCAGGAAUAUUAUGACCGGCUUCCUGAACUGAAGCAAGCUAUCGAUCAGAUCAAGAGCGGCUUCUUUUCACCCAAAGAACCUGACCUCUUCAAAGAUCUGGUCAACAUGCUGUUCCACCACGACCGAUUUAAAGUCUUCGCAGACUACGAAGCUUACGUCAAAUGUCAAGACGACGUCAGUCAGCUCUACAUGAACUCGAGGGAAUGGACCAAAACGGUCAUCAGGAACAUCGCUGCUUCUGGAAAGUUCUCCAGCGAUAGGACCAUCAAGGAAUACGCCCGGGACAUCUGGAACAUGGAACCUUCCGACCUGAAGAUCCCGCCACCCAACGUGCCCCGGGAUGUUGCCGACGAGAUGCUGGCCAACGACACGGCUGAAAAGAUGCACGUGUGAACCCGAGCGGACCCCCGAGGGCUGGCUCCACUUGUGUGUAGUGCGCUGUACUGUAUGCGGUGGGUGACGCCCGCCCACCAUCAUUUAACAAAGUACCAGUAGUAAAAGAUCUGGGCUCUUCUUUUUCUUUUUCAUUCUAAGCGUUGAGGGUGAUUGGCGUUGCCUCGCAAAUUCUGCAGAAGUGCGAACUAGUUGGGGCGUGUGUCCUCUACCAAUGUGAAUGCCGUGACUUCCCCCUGGAACUCUGGGAACUGUAGUUCCGCAGAGCCCUUUGGCCUCCUCUAAUGGGAACGUUAAACGCUCACCCGAGGGCACGGCCUCCAUUUUGGGAGAGGUAUUAAAAUUGUUAGCAAACCAACAGGACUUUUAAUGUUGCUCUCACAGCUAUCUAAGUGUCAAGGGCUGAGCGUUGGCUCCAAUUUACUUAUAAUCGGUUCCAAAUAGCCGGAUCAAAGUGCUUUAAAGGUUUUAAUUUCUUUUCUUUUUUUUGGCAGUGUCCCAACAGGUGCUAUGUUCGGUGCCCCACGGCGCUAGGGGUUCUUCCUGUAACCUGGUGCCCUCCGGAGGUGUCGGACAACAACUCCCAUCAUUCCCAGCCGGCUGGCUGGGAAUGAUGGGAGUUGUUGUCCGACACCUCCGGAGGGCACCAGGUUGCAGGAAGGCUGCCCUACAUGCCUGAAAUUGCUACACCAUGACUACCAAGCUGCACUAAGAAGAGGAAAGCGCGUUCUGCUCAGCUCGUGCUUAAAAUACCCAUGUUUAGAUGCUUUUAGUACAAAACCAAACGUUUUUGCAAGGCUUGAAAGCAUCUCUCUGUAUGAGCAUGAGAUGAUCCGCCCCGCACCCCACCGGCUGUGUUGCGUCCAGUCCGUGCUUGUUCAUUCCCGAAAAUUCGCACAGCAAAAUAAAAUGAAACCCAC